UCCCCUUGGCGGAAAAACGACACCUGCUACAGUGGGAUAGCGACAUCGCGUAUCGGAAAGGGUCGACAAAGAUGUGGGUACCCAAUUACCCUCCUUUGCGCCAGUUAAUACUCGAAGAAUACCACGAUGUCCUAUAUGCAGGACACUUCAGUAGCAACAAGACGCUCACCGGUAUCGCCAAACACUACUACUGGCCCCACAUGGCAGACGACGUACAGAGAUUCGUCACCUCGUGCGACACAUGCCAGCGGAUGAAGAGCAGCAAGCAGAAAAAAACAGGACUGCUGCAGCCUCUUCCUGUCCCAGAACAACCAUGGCAAGUGGUAAGCCUCGACUUCAUCACCGCGCUACCAACUACCACCAGCGAUCAUGAUGCAAUCCUCGUCGUCAUCGACAAAUUCUCCAAAAUGGGACACUUCAUCCCGACACACACGACAGCACGCACCGAGGAGACGGCACAACUCUUUGUUCGUUACAUCAUCUCACAACACGGCAUUCCAAACACACUCAUCUCCGACCGAGACCCCAAGUUCACCAGCAAAUUUUGGAAGGAACUGAUGUCUCUGCUUGGAACCAAACUCGCCAUGUCAUCCGCCUACCAUCCGCAAACAGACGGACAGAACGAGCAUCUCAACCAAACUGUAGAGCAACUCCUCCAUGCAGCAUGCAAGGAUGAUAUCUCUAAGUGGGAUUUACACCUACCCGUCCUGGAGUUCGCCUACAAUAACACCACUCACGCCGCUACUGGACAAACGCCGUUCUUCUUAUGUUACGGACACCACCCACUCACGCCAUAGCAACCAACCGUCUCAGCCACAG